AUGGCUCGUGCUUUUCUUUUAUUUGAGGCACUAGAGAUUGAGAACCGUGAAAACCAACGGCGUCACAGCCGCGUUACAGCACGACUGAGACGUAGACUUCGAAAUCAAGCCGAAGCUUUGGCGCUUUCUGAUACUGACUUCAAAGCCAACUACAGACUUACUAAGAAGCUGUUUAAACAUUUAUGCUCAGAGUUAAAACCAUUCAUGGUUCGGUUGAAAAGGAGAACAAAAAUCUCUGUAGAAUGCAAAGUGCUUACAGCUCUCUCAUUCUAUGCCACAGGCUCUUAUCAGAAGCCUGUUGGCAUGAGCUACUUGCAUGGGCUCAGUCAAGCUAGUGUAUCUAAUGCUGUGAAAGAAGUGACUAGGGCAUUAAAUACACAGUAUACUGACCAAGUACAUACAUUUCCCUCAUUCUCGACAAGAAAGACAGGCAAUAAUAAAUGGAUAUGUGAUAGUGAUUUAAAUAUUUUAAAUAUUGAUGCAUCAUUUGGUGGUGCUUCACAUGAUGCAUACAUGUGGAAAAAUGGUGAAAUUCAGAGCCAUCUCCAAGAGCUUCACAGUAGAGGUGAAAAUGUCUGGUUUCUAGGUGAUUCUGGAUACCCACUGAGGCCAUGGCUUUUAACUCCAAUUCUGUGGGUGCUGAUGCAGAACAACAGCUCUUGGCCAGUGGGAGACUACAAAGAGACAGAA